GGGCAGUGAGAGGCUGGGAGCAGGAUGUGCUGAGAGUGGCUGGCUGGGCAGGACUGUAAGCCAGAAUGAAAGAUGGACCCAGAAGAACAGGAGUUGCAGGGGGAUUACCGAUAUAGGAAUUAUUCGUCUGUCAUUGAGAAAGCCUUGCGAAACUUUGAGUCUUCAAGCGAAUGGGCAGAUCUUAUAUCGUCCCUUGGGAAACUCAACAAGGCCUUGCAAAGCAAUUUAAAGUACUGCUUGCUGCCCCGACGUCUGAUCAUUAGCAAGAGAUUGGCACAAUGCCUGCACCCAGCUCUCCCCAGCGGCGUGCAUUUAAAAGCUCUAGAGACCUACGAGAUAAUAUUCAAAAUAAUUGGGACAAAAUGGUUAGCCAGAGACCUCUUCCUAUACAGUUCUGGCUUGUUUCCGCUGCUGUCCCACGCAGCCAUGUCAGUGAGGCCCGUACUGCUUGGUCUGUAUGAGACCUACUUCCUUCCUCUUCAGAAGUCCUUACUGCCUAGUCUUCAAGCUUUUAUCACCGGCUUGCUACCAGGACUGGAAGAAGGAUCAGAAGUCUAUGAAAGGACGGACCAGUUGCUUCUGAGGCUGGCCGUGGUGGAAGGUCAGGAGGUGUUUUAUGCAGCUCUCUGGGGCAGCGUUCUGGUCAGCAGUUGUAUCAGACUGCCAGCUUCUCUGUUUGUGGUCAGUCACAUCAAUAGGGAUCUGCCAGCCAAAGCCCAAAGCUACUUGUUGGGCAAUGACAGCCAGCUGGCGAUUAAAUCUCUGUGUGUCUCCGUUGUGGAUGGAAAUGUUCUGGUACAAAGGAAUACACUGGAAAUCCUUCUUUUCUUCUUCCCGUUUCACACUGCACUGGAGCCCGAGGUCUGUCCCAUCGUUCUCCUGAGGGCUGAUCAAAUUAAUAUACUAGCUGCGUCCAUCCAGACUGUCUUGAGAAGGGACAUGUCUCUGAACAGGAGGUUAUUCGCCUGGCUGUUAGGCUCUGACAUAAAAGGUGGAAUUGUGGCUCCACAUUUGAAAGUUUCAGCGGACGACGAAGACUAUUUCAAUAGUUUUUUCGUGACGUACUCCAAAGAUCUCCUGGUUCAGGCUUUAAUGCAGAUAUUGCAUCAGAACAUCCCGCACUCGGACUCCGAGCAAGGUCUGCAGUUUUACCUGAAGCCUUUCAGAAUCCUGGUCAGUCUCCUGGACAAGCCGGAGAUAGGUCCACCAGUGGUGGGGGAUUUAUUUUUGGAGGUGAUACGGGCCUUUUACGCAUAUUGCAAAGACGCUCUAGGGACAGAUAUUAAGCUGAGCUAUGGUCAGACUGGAAUCCAGCUCAUAAGUGCAAUUAAAGAAAACAAGAAUGCAUCUGAGAUCGUUAAAACAGUCAAUUUACUAAUCACUUCUCUAAGCACUGACUUUCUUUGGGAUUAUAUGACUGUGUGCUUUGAAGAUUGCUUCAGGAAGAAGUCUCUGGAUAGUACGAGUAGUCGUUACGUGGGCUGGGCACCCUCUGUGUCUGAGAUCUGCACUCUGCUCGUUUUCCUGUUGGAUGUCAUACCUCUGGAGCUGUAUUCAGAAGUUCAGACCCAGUACCUGCCACAGAUGUUGAGUUACAUGACCCAGUCUCUGUCUGAGAACCUGGAUGUACUAAGCCUAUCAGAGCUGACCCAGGCGCUCAAAACAUGUUUCAAAAUUCUUAGCAAAGUUCAGAUGCCUCCUGCCUACCUGGACAUGGAGAGUCUGAGUGGGGACUCUAGUCCAUUAAAACUUUCAGUGCUCCUAAAUCCCGUUGGGGAAACGGAAGUGGACUCUGUAGAAGAGGAACCUGUUUAUCCCCCACUGAAGUCAGAAGACAGUGGAAUCGGACUAAGCGCAUCAUCUCCUGAACUGUCUCAACAUCUGCGGGUGCCCAGGGUGUGCCCAGAAAAGGGAGAUGUCUGGAAAAAGGGGGGUAGUGUGCAAAAAACCCUCCACUGCAUCCAGGAGCUGAUAGCCUCGUUUGCCAGUAAGCAGCUGUUUGGUAUUCAUCUGCAGAAUAAUGGGCAAAGCUCCUCAGUGAUCGCAGUGCCUCCAGAGAAGGAGGGGAAUGCAAGAAAAAGGGGCUCAUGGGAAACAAAGCAAAUCACAGUUCCCCAGUUUAAGCAGAUGUUAACAGACUUUUUUACUCCCCGAGCCCCAGGGACGAAGCAUAAAAGCGCGAAGUUGGACUCUUCCCCAGGGUACACGCACAGCAGGAAAGGAACCAAAAGUACUGAAGAUGAAUGGGACAUUGACCAUUUUAUUCAGAACAUGGGGGAGGUGACAGAGGACUGCAGGGAAGCCUUUGCUGCUGCAUGCCACUUUUUAUUGGAUUGUGCAACCUUCCCAGUCUAUCUAUCUGAUGAAGAAACUGAACAGUUACAUUCCACCCUCUUUCAAGUGCCUGGAUCUGGUGAUGCCGGGUUCCCAUUAUGGUUUAAAUCCCUCAUGACCAUCUGUUGCUGUGUGAAGGAUUGUUAUAUCCAGAAUGUAGCCAUUUCCACCUUGCUUGAAGUCAUCAAUCAUUCCCAGUCCUUAUCUAUUGUCAUGGACGAUCGAAUGAAACGGGCUAAAACAUCGGGAUAUGGUGCGGUGUUUGGAAAACUGCAAAUGGUCACGGUGCCGCCUGUCUCACCAGGCGUCCUGAAACUCAUUGCAGAGAAAACAGAUUUCUACCCGAGAGUGGCUCACGUCCUGUGGAAUCAACUGAAUAUGGAAACCAGAGAACAUCACAUUACAUGUGUCGAGCUGUUCUACAGACUGCACUGCUUGGCUCCUUCGGCUAAUAUUUGCGAAGAAAUCAUCUGCCAGACUCUGCUGGACAAUGAUAAGGUAACCAGAUUAGAGGCUCUGUUCCGAUUCUCGGUGAUUUGGCAUCUGACAAGGGAAAUACAAGGCAGCCGAGUCACAUCUCACAACCGCUCUUUCGAUAGAUCCCUGUUUGUGGUACUUGAUAGCCUCAACUGCUCCGAUGGAGCGAUCGGUGCAGCUGCGCAGGGAUGGCUUAUCCGAGCUCUCUCCUUAAACGAUGUUGCAAGAAUCUUGGAACCUAUACUACUGCUGCUACUUCACCCAAAGACACAACGUACCUCCAUUCAUUGCAUCAAGCAGAACAACGCAUCAGAAGAAUUCAAUUACUGGUUUCGAAGUAAAAAAAACUAUUUGAAAGACCCCUCAAUGAUUCACGAAUUCCCAGAAAGUAACGGGGAUGAAAUCUACCCUCAGUUUAACACAGUUGACCGAGAGGCUAUAUGGGCUGAAGUGGAGAAAGAUCCUGAGAGGAUAAGAAAUGAGUGGAGAGAAAGUCAAUCAUCCAAUUACAGCAACUCUCGAUAUGGUGGCGAAGAGGACAGUGAACACACAGAAUCUGCUGAUACUAGUACUGGCCAUAACGACAGCGAAAACACGUCCUCCUUUACGCCCAGCUCUGUUGACCUUAGCAAUGACCAGUCUUGCGGAGACAAUACUGAUGGGCAGAGCAAUCUGAAGAACAUUGGUCACCCAAACAUGGGCUAUGUAGAUGCCCCAAGACAAAGUACGUUGUUAAAUCUGGUACGAACCGAAUCUGAUAUAACGCAGACAUCAGAAUCGCUGUCCAGUGACGAAGAAAUGGAUGUGGAGCUUCAAGCCAUCCGAAGCACUAGACUUCUGAAGCAGCAGAGAGAGAAAGAAGAGCUGAUCGAGGCUCUUUUUAAACAUAUUCUUCUGUAUCUACAACCCUAUGAUUCCAAAAGGGUAUUGUACGCCUUUUCUGUGCUGGAAGCCAUUUUAAAGACCAACCCUAAAGAAUUUAUUGAAGCGGUAGCCAGCACCAGUAUGGACACCAGCUCCACAGCCCAUCUGAACUUAAUAUACAACCUCCUAGCCCGUCAUCAGGAAGCCCUUGUUGGGCAAAGCUUUUAUGGCAAACUCCAGGCACAGUCACCAUCAAUGUGUCCUCAUUCUUUGUUGAUAGAGCUGUUAACUUAUCUCUGCCUCAGCUUCCUACGUGCAUACUACCCAUGUUACAUUAAGGUCACCCACAAGGAUGUGCUGGGCAACAGAGAUGUUCAAGUGAAAAGUGUUGAAGUCUUGAUCAGAGUGAUGUCUCAGUUGGCCUCCAUAGCUAAAUCCUCAGAGAGCAAGAACGUUGAAUUCAUCCAUAGUUUGCUGGACAGAUGUAAAGUUCAGGAAUUUGUUCUUCUCUCAUUAUCCGCUUCCAUGUACACAAGUCAAAAAAGGUAUGAGAUGGUGUCCUCAGGUGUUAAAGAUGUUGACGAAGGUUUAUUUGAGGAAAGCGUCAUUAAUUUUGGUCAAGACCAAAUUUGGAGUGAGCACCCUCUACAGAUUGAGCUCCUUAAACUCCUGCAGGUCUUAAUUCUUCUGGAGCACUAUUUGCGUCAACUAUCAGAAGAUCAGGAUUCUAGUGCAGAUCUCUCAAAGGAAUGGCAACGAGGUCUCAACUUUCAGCAGUCUAUUAAUGCAAUGCAAUACGUACAGUCUCAUGCAAUAACUUCCCAGGGAUUGUUUGUCUCCGCAGUGGUGAGAGCUCUGCGCCCGGAGUAUGGAUAUGGGAUGCAUUCUCCAUGGGUUACUUUAGUGACUUCAUCUUUGCCUUAUUUUGGAAAGUCGUUGGGGCUCACAGUUGCCCCUUUUAUUGCGCAGAUUUGUAAAAAUUUGGAUGAACUCGUGAAGCAAUAUGAAAGAGAGUCGGUAAAGAUCGGGAACAUGACAUCUAAAAGAGAAAAUAUCUCACCAGAUUACCCUCUCACCCUUCUGGAAGGUCUAACCACAAUCGGUCACUUCUGCCUCUUGGAUCAUCCUUCACCAACAAAAAAGUCUUCCUCGACUGACCCUUCUAACUUGAAGAACGCAAGGAAUGCUAUUCUAGAGGAGCUUCCCCGCAUUAUUAACAGCUUGUCUCUUCUUUGGAGUGUCAUAACUAAACAAGAAAGAGACAAGAGGCCUUCUGACCUCCUCGGAAGCAUCAAAGGGUCGUCCUCCGUUUAUUUCAAGACAACUAAAACUCUGAAGCAAAAAAUCUUGUAUUUCCUGAAUCCUCUGACCGGACACCUGGGAGUGCAGCUCAUUGCUGCUGUAGCCACCGUGUGGAAGAGAAAGAGAAUUAACAAGAGCCAAAAUAAAGCCAAGAUUAUUCCAGUGCCCAGUGAGUCUCAGCUCACACUUGUUGACCUGGUUUUGGCUCUGAAGAGUCUGAAGAUUGAUACCAUUUUACAGUUGUUGAAGGAAGUUGUUAAGAAGCCGCCGUUGAUGAAAGGAGAAGAGAAGGCUUCACUAGUUGAUAUUCCCAUGCUGCAGUUCAGUUACGCUUUCAUUCAAAGGCUUUCGGCUUCAGACUUGCAAGAAAACUUCCAGCCCUUACUCAGUUUGCUGAAAGAGUCCGUGCCACUGAAUUUGUCACCGCCAGGAUUUUUCCUGCUUUUAAGUAUCCUGAAUGACUUUGUAACCAGGACACCAAAUCUAGAUCACAAGAAGGACCAGAAAGAUCUCCAGGAGGUGACUCAAAAAAUCCUGGAAGCGGUGGGUAAUGCUGCUGGCUCAUCUCUGGAGCAGACCAGCUGGCUGAGCAGGAAUUUGGAGGUGAAGGCACAGCCUCAGGUUUCUCCAGAUGACACGGAGGCUGACGAAGAUGUUUAUGAUGAAUCUGCUACCAUUCAGUCCUCGAUGGUUUCUUCCUCUGCCCCAUCUGUGUACAGUGUCCAAGCCCUCUCUAUGCUCGCCGAAGUUUUGGCGGUUCUUCUGGACAUGGUUUACAGGAGUGAUGAAAAAGAGAAAGCUGUUCCUUUAAUAUCUCGUCUGCUCUACUAUGUGUUUCCGUAUCUGCGUAAUCACAGCUCGUACAAUGCACCCAGUUUCCGUGCUGGCUCCCAGCUCCUGAGCAGUCUCAGUGGGUACGCCUACACUAAGCGAGCCUGGAAGAAAGACGUCCUGGACCUGUUCAUGGACCCUGGCUUUUUCCAGAUGGAUAAUUCCUGCGUCCACUGGAAAGCCAUUAUCGACCAUCUCCUGACUCAUGAGAAGACUAUGUUUAAGGACUUGAUGAAUAUGCCGAGCAGCUCCUUGAAGCUGUACCCAAGUAACGAGCAGAAGGCAAUGUUAUUAAAGCGCCAAGGAUUCGCUGUUUUCAGUGGAGAACCUGAUCAGUAUCACCUUUACCUGCCUCUCAUACAAGAACGUCUGACGGAUAAUAUUCGCGUGGGACAGACCCCAAUCAUGGCUGCACAAAUGUUCCUGUUUUUCCGAAUCCUCCUCCUACGGAUUUCACCCCAGCAUCUUACCUCGUUGUGGCCAAUUAUGGUAACUGAACUGAUCCACUCAUUUGUCCAACUUCAAGAUCAGUUAAUGGAAGAAGAGAGUUCAUCAAAGACCAGUAAGUCCAGCAAAUCCAAGUCAGUAGCGGCAGCAGAGAGCAACGGGCCUGUAUACUGUGAGAUCACACAGAAUGUCAUGGAUCUCUACCUGUCCGCCUGCAAGUUCCUGGACACCGCACUGUCUUUUCCACCAGAUAAGAUGCCUUUAUUUCAGAUGUACAGGUGGGCAUUUGUUCCUGAAGUUGACACUGAUUCCUGUAGCAUCCCAACAGACAUGGGUGAAAAUCACCAUGAAUGCAAACCUCAUGUUGUUCGAAUUGUGGAACUCAUGAAAUUGAGGUUCGGGGAAAACAUUCCAGAAGACUCGACUUUAAAGCGACAUGUGUUUCCUCUUCUCAAUCUACGUUCUAUAUCCCACAUCACACAAUUGACGCCAUUCUUCACAACCCUCAGCUAUGCAUUCAAACCAAAAGGACAAGGAUCUACUAAAGGGCCAGCUACUGGACUGCCUAUAGAAUACCCAGUAGAAGACUAUUCAAGGGUUUUGAAGGAACUUGAAGAAAAUAUUGAGUCUGAUCUUCUUGAAAUUAUGGGAAAUUGAAUUUGACUCACAUUACACAAUGCAAUAUGUUAGAGCAAAAAUUAUACAUUCGGGACUAUACACAUUUUUGGGUCUUGACCAGGUUUUAAAAAAAACAAACAAAAAACUUGAUUGGUACCCAAAAUGCGUGAACCGUUACAUAGGUUAUUAAUUAUGUGAAUACUUGAUAAAUAUCAGCUUGUUAGUCAAGAAGAGUCGGAUAAUGAAAAUAUCUUCUCAUAUUUAAUGUGAAAAGGUAAAAUUGUUUAGUUUGCCAGUGCUAACUGAGCUUAAAGUUAAUUUUAAAACGCGUUGGCACUGAAAAUACUUUUUAACCAGGGAAACUGCCUAUAUUAUGUAUAAUAUUAGGCAAGCACAGCCUUUUAUAUCACUAAUAUUCGAUUGUUUGAACUAAUUCUAAGUAAUACACAAACUGCCUUUAAAGAGGCCUACACUCACUAACAAAAUACAAGGAACACCUAAACUAUGGGUUUUUUGUUUUGUUUUUUUUUAAAGAAAAAGUGGACCCCAACACAAAAAAAACACUAUAUAUAACAAAUCCGAAACAAUAGUUUUGUUUCAUUUAACUAGAUGGUAGGGUGACAAAACACCCACAAGCCCAGACUAAACACACAUCUACAGUGGAAAAUGAAAAAAAUAAAUGGAAACAUUAAUGUCUGAUGCUUGUUUUUUUCAUUCCUAUUAUUACAACUGCAGGUGUUUAUUUAGUCAGGACUUGUAAAGCUUUAAUGCCUAAUGCGUGUUUUUUUUUUCUGGAGCCGU